GACAGGCUAAAGUAGCGAGUAGGGUGUGGCUUGGCUUUGAUGGCAACGGCCAUAAGGAGCAGAACGCCAUGGCGGCGACUGCACUGGUAGCUGUGACAAAAGAAAGGGCGGGGGAAAGCAAGACGUAAAACGAGUGAGUCAUGACGCCUGGGCCACGCGCGGCCUAGCGUCUGGGGAUCGCCUUUCCCUCCCUGCCUCCCUCCUCCUCCGCCCCUCGCCGCCGUCGCAGCCUGAUGACGCGUUCCCGGAAGUGGCGCUCCAGAGGGGGAUAAUAAAGACCGCGGCGACUGCGGGGGGGAAGGUGUUUGGGGCUGUCUCUCUGUCCUCAGUCUCCUCCUUCCCGCGUCCGGGAGCUGAGCCGAGCCUUUUCUGAAAGAAGAGCAGGCCAUCAUGGGAGGUGGAGAUCUGAAUCUGAAGAAGAGCUGGCACCCACAGACCCUUCGAAAUGUGGAGAAAGUGUGGAAGGCAGAGCAGAAACAUGAGGCAGAACGGAAAAAGAUUGAGGAGCUGCAGAGAGAGCUUCGGGAAGAGAGGGCACGGGAGGAGAUGCAGCGCUAUGCAGAGGAUGUGGGAGCUGUCAAAAAAAAAGAAGAAAAACUAGACUGGAUGUACCAGGGCCCUGGUGGCAUGGUGAACCGUGAUGAAUACCUGAUGGGACGUCCCAUUGACAAAUAUGUUUUUGAGAAGAUGGAAGAAAAAGAAGCAGGUUGUUCAUCUGAGACAGGACUUCUGCCAGGCUCCAUCUUUGCCCCCUCUGGUGCCAAUUCUCUACUUGACAUGGCCAGCAAAAUACGGGAGGACCCACUUUUCAUCAUUCGAAAGAAGGAAGAAGAGAAGAAGAGAGAAGUCUUGAAUAAUCCAGUGAAAAUGAAGAAAAUUAAAGAAUUGUUGCAAAUGAGCCUGGAAAAGAAGGAGAAGAAGAAGAAGAAGGAAAAGAAAAAAAAACAUAAGAAGCACAAGCAUCGAAGUUCCAGCAGUGAUAGCUCUGGCAGUGAGGAAGAGCGGAGUCGUGGAAGAUCUCAAAAGAAGAUGGCAAGUCCUCCUCCUGUUUUACACAAAAUUCCAGGUUAUGGCUUACAGAUUAAAGACGGUGACCAUGAUCGGAGACUACCAGGACCUCUGGCUGUUGAAGUUGGGGGAACACACAGGGUCAAGAAUUAUUCCAGGUCACGAAGCCCCUCCCAUUCACCUCCAAAACACCCCAGCAGGAAAGGCACGUGGGAUGCUGAGACUCGUAGGAGGUCACGGUCCCCUAAACAUAGUAGACAGCACAAUUCCAAAAUAAACAGGAAAGAAAGAGGCCGAACUAAGAGCCCUUCUCCAAAAAAGGAAGGGUAUCAAAGGCGACAUGCUUCAGGUUAUACCAGAAAACUCUCAGCAGAGGAACUAGAGCGAAAACGGCAAGAAAUGAUGGAGAAUGCCAAGUGGCGGGAGGAAGAGAGGUUAAACAUCCUCAAGAGGCACGAAAAGGAAGAUGAAAGAGAACGAAAGUUGGAGAAAUUGGACUCUCGGGAUGGGAAAUUCAUCCACCAGUUGAAGUUAGAAAGUACGUCCACCUCCUCCUUAGAGGAUAGGGUCAAGCGCAACAUCUAUUCCCUGCAGAGAACUUCAGCUGCUUUGGAAAAGAACUUCAUGAAGAGAUGAAGCUCACGUGGUUCUUAUGCUGAUUAUCCUGAGUUUUCCAAGGAUGCUACUGGCUCCUUAAAGAAUCCUCUUUAAAAGAGUUGAGAGGACUUCCAGGGAUGUCAGAUAGCCACUGCUCAGUCAUUCUACUCUAGUCAUUUUUGAGAACAGCUAAUGCCCCUCACAAAAUAGGGAGGAGGCCCUGUUGUAUACAAUAUCGAGUCAGUACCUUGGCUGCCUCCUUUAGUUAUAUGACAGAGUUGGAGUUUUGCAAUUUUUUUAAGAGGUGCCUAUCUUUGUUUCAAUGGUUCUAGAGAUUCCUGCCAGUUUGUAUCGCUAUUCAUGGUCCUGUAAUUUACUCUGAGUCUGCCUUUUCCAUCAGAUCCGGAAUGGAUCUUUCAAUAGAGACUGAACUUAAAAAAAAAAAAAAAACUCUCACCCUUUAAAAAUCACUCUUGGACCUUUUCAGCUAAGUAGCAAAUCAAAGGAUAGAAUCAGUGUUCCUGAUUUCUGUUACAAAAUGUCUUGAAAGUUAAUUUUAGACAUAUCAGUGCCAAAUUGGGAAGAGCCAAAGAAAGAAAAAGGGAAUUCAGGGAGGAAAUCCCAAAAGGUGCAGAAACAGUACUUAAAAGCACCAAAUGAACUGUUAUGUUAAAGUAUUUGGUCUUUAAUAAUUUACAACAGCUUAGUGUUUAUAUGUACAAAUGUAUAAUUUUUAAUAGUUCUUUUAAAAGUUAUUUUUGUCUAAACAUCCUGUUUGAGAAAUGACUUUUGAUAUAUUAUUACAUAUUGAACUGUGGAUACCAAAUAAUCCUGUCACACGGCAGCUUUCUUUUCUGUGUAGUUGGGAUGGUUUAACCACUUCUCAUAGCGCCUUAACCCAUUUAUGGAUGGAUUAUUUUGUGUCUUUGGAUGUGAUUUUAUGGUUCCAGAGAUACAACCAAACUGCCAACAUGCCUCCUGGCUUUUAAAAGAAAAUAAAAUAGAAAUUGUGGUGGUGUUGUUUUU